CAACACCCCGCGCUUUACAGCACCGCCGUCGCAAAAGCCGCUGUCGCAAAAUCCCCUGCGGUUGCGUCUCGCUUGGAGGCGCGGGAGGAGAACUGUAACUUCCGGCUCGCCGGGAAAAGGCGGGAAAAGUGUAGCACCAGGAUGGGGAAGCGCAGGACCCACCCACUCCCAGGCAACAUGAAAUUCCAUGCUCCCAAAGCCAAGCGGAUCCUUCAGGAAGCUCCAGGAGCUGCCGGCUCAGCCGUGCCUGUUCCCUCCCAGAGCAAUAAUCCUGAUGGAGAUCCUGCUGGGAUGGACCCCCAGGCGAGCAAGAACAGCAGUGGCAAGGUGGAUCCAGAGGGAAUCCAUGUGGAAGAGCAUGGAGCCAGAGCCUUGCAGGAAGGGAGAGACAAGGGAAUUGGAGGCGGCAGAGCACCAGGAUCACCGAAACAGAGAAUUUCAGAUGGGAUGGGAGAGAAUCAUCUGGAAUUGCCCCAGCUGGGAAUUUUGGAAGCAGAUGGGACAGGAGAGGAUGAGCUGGAGUCACUAAAAUUAGGAAUUUUGGAUGGGGCAGGAGAGGAUGAUCUGGAGUCACCAAAACCAGGAAUUUGGGAUAGGGCAGGAGAGAAUUGUCCAGAAUCACCAAAACCGGCAAUUUUGGAGGUGGAUGGGGCAGGAGAGGAGCCCCCAGCGUCAGUGAAACAUGUAAUUUUGGAUGGAAUGGGACAGAAUUAUCUGGAAUCAUACCAGCUUGGAAUUUUGGAGGGGGAUGGAGCAGGAGAGGAGCAGCUGAAGUCACCCCAACUGAGAACUCCAGAGGCAGAUGGAGCAGGAGAAGAGCAGUUGGAAUCACUGAAACUGGGAAUUUUGGAUGGAACAGGAGAGGAUCAGCUGGAAUCACCAAAACCAAGACUUUCUGAGGUGGAUGGGGCAGCAGAGGAGCAGCUGGAAACACCAACACACGGAAUUUUGGAUGGCGCAGGAGAGGAGCGUCCAGAGUCAGUGAAACCAGGAAUUUCAGAGGUAGAUAGGGCAAGAGAGGAGCAGCUGAAGCCACUGAAACAGGGAAUUUGGGAUGGGGCAGGAGAGAAUCAGCUGGAAUCACCAAAACAAGGGAAUUCUGGAGCACAGGGAUCCAGCCCUGAGGACACGGUGAAGGACACGGCCCCUGCAGCAAGUUCGGAGGUGCCGGAUGCAGCGGGAGAGGGGGAAAAAGGUGCCCUGGAGGAGGGAUGUGGCACUGGGAUUGCCCUGAGCAUGGACACGGGGUCACUGGAUUGUCCCAGAGAUCCCCAGAGCGGUGGAGGGGACACAGAGAGCAGGAAUUGCGAGAGUGGGAAUGCUGAGGGUGGGAAUUCCAGUGUGGUGACACUGGGACUGGAUCCAGCAGCCACCAGCACCGAGCCUCAGGACCACCGGGAAGGGACCAGCCCAGAGCUCCCAGUGGAGAAGCCAUUCCCAGAUGCUGCUGGGCAGCAGCCAUGGGACACCAGAGGCCAGAUCCACACCGGCUCCAUGGGGAACAGCCCAGUACAGCCAUGGGAAAGCAGUGCCAGGGCCACGGAACCGGCGGACGCGACCGAUGUCAUCCGCGGGCUGAUCCGGGAGCUCUCGGACCUCAACCGCCUGGCCAUGGGUGCCUACCGGGGACUGGAGCUGCUCCGGAGGCAAAAGCCACGGCGUGGCCGGAGGCCAGUGCCCAGUGGGAGCCACUGGAAAGAGGGGUAGGGACAUCAGGAAUAACCAUUUAUUGAUGGACACAAUGGGAAUAAACCACCCUCCAGCACUGAAUAAACCACCUUCCAGCACUGAA